AUGUCAGACGAUGGCAUGCCUUCCGACUCUACCUCUGCUCAUUCAGAGUCAAAGGGAGGCGCGUCAUGGGCAGACCUCGCGCUCGAAAUCUGGCUGGAGAUAUUCAGGUUCGCGACUCAUCUUCCGGACGCGAAGACAAUAUCGCAACCAAAUCCUUUCGCGCGUAAACAACCUCUCGGAAGUGUUUUAAACCUCAGUAAUCCUUUGACCUCUAUGCGCACCAAGACAAGCAUCGUGUGCGUCUCCCGCGCCUGGAGGCUAGUGGCGACAGAGAUUCUAUAUGAGGACCUCGAGAUACGCUCUCUUCAUCACGCCCAAAAGUUGCUGAAAUGUCUCAUCGAGAGCGACCGCGCCGCUCCAGCGUAUCCCAGGCCUACUGACGGUCUACAUCAAUCAAACGGGCUCUGCGCCAAGCACCUGUUUGUCUCGCCGACGUUACGGGACCGUAUGCCUUACCUCAAGUGCAUCUUCGACAUCAUGCAGCAAUGUCCCAACGUACGCUUUCUGAACAUCGUAUGGGACCAGUCCCUUCCGCCGGCCUUCCUCGACAGUCUGGCACGCUUGUAUGGUCGCUCGCUUCGCGGUCUGCAUAUAGGGGCAGACGACGACCUGGAUAGGUCACUCCGCUCCAGGGUUCGGCAUCCCGUACACCACGUGCAACUCGAGUACCAGCAGCAAAAUGUGCCAGAAAAGGUGCUCACGCCGCUGUACGUUGCUCGAUUCACGAACCUGAGCGUGCUGGACGUGCGUAAAGUUCUUUGGGUUGAAAUGGACGGGAAUCCUACCGAAGAAAUCUCUAUGCCAUCCCUCCAUGAGCUCAUACUCUCGAACGAUAGCGACAGCCUCACGUUUGCUUCUCGUCUGACGCUGCCAUCUCUGCGCCGCGUUCACAUGUCACUCCGCUUCGACAUAUCGUACGACGAUACGCACCUAACAUGUCUUACGCAGUUCUUAGAGAAGCACGGCAGAAACAUCACAGAGCUCGACAUAAAGCCUCUUAUCGCGUGUCGCCGUCCCCCCAGCCCCACAGCACGCAUCGCGCAGUACCUCGAGCACUGUCCACGUCUCGAGCAGAUCGUGUACAGCGCGCACGAUGAGCGUAUCGAGACGCUCAGUACCCCGCACCAUGCGCUCCGGAGGAUCGGCAUUCGCGACAUUGACUGGCGGGAGCUGAGCCACAAUCCCCGCUCCGUGGUGAGCGCUGGGGUCAAGGCCCUGUUGCGGUCCUUCGACCGCGACCUCACGCCCAACCUGGAUGUCGUUCGUACGCUUGACUUUAUGGUGGAGACGUCCAUCAGCCUUUCGUCGGUGAAUACUCUGAUGACAUGGACGGAGUACUUUGAGAAAAAGGGGAUCGACCUCGAGGACGGGGAGGGUGUAGUUUGGUUGUACGAACCUAGUGAGACAUAGACUGAUUAUCUUCGUCAACCUCAUCCCGUUUCUCUCAUGUUUGGUGGUUGGUGACCUAGUAGCAAGCGCACGGGCGCUCUUUAGUCGAUGUAUGAUAUAUGUGCUGCUUUUGAAAGCAUCACUGUAGAAAGGGACACCGUGCUAGUGUUUGUAUAUCUAUAAUUUCUUUAUUGCUCAUACAACCC